UUGACAUUUUCUGUUGCUAACUAACCUCUUAUUCCAUUACAAGCGGAAUUUUUGUUUGUAAAAAAAGUGUUUCUCCAUUUCCUAGUAAACAUUUUUAUUUAGAAACUACUUAACAUGGAAGGCCCAAAUGACUGGAUGGAUGCACCACACAGUACGGGGACCUCUAUUAUGGCAGCAGAAUUUGAUAAUGGUGUUAUAAUUGGAGCAGAUUCCAGAAGUACCACCGGAGCUUAUAUAGCAAAUCGUGUUGCUGAUAAACUGACUAGAAUUACUGAUCGAAUUUAUUGUUGUCGAUCUGGUUCAGCAGCUGAUACACAAGCGAUAGCUGAUAUUGUCUCUUACCAUUUAGAGUUUCAUGGAAUGGAGUUAGGUGGAGACCCUCUUGUAGAAAUUGGAGCUAAUGUCUUUAAAGAAUUAUGCUACAACUAUCGUGACUCUUUAAUGGCUGGAAUUUUAGUAGCUGGAUGGGAUAAGAAAAAAGGUGGUCAGAUUUACUCAAUACCAAUAGGUGGAAUGUGUGUUAGACAACCAGUGUCCAUAGGUGGAUCUGGUUCAAGUUAUGUAUAUGGUUAUGUGGAUGCCAAUUUUAAACCAAAUAUGACACAAGAAGAAUGUGUCAAAUUUGUUACUAACACACUGGCUUUGGCAAUGUCACGCGACGGAUCUUCAGGAGGAGUGGUUCGAUUGGGCAUUAUUACUGAGAAAGGAAUCGAGCGCCGAGUGGUUUUGGGAAACGAACUGCCCAAAUUUUACGAAAAUUAAGUUUUAUAUUAUUUGUAAUCUAAGUUCUUAAAUAAAGAUCAUUUUGGUAUGCUUGAUUUACGUAUGCUAAACAAAUUCAA